AUGAAACCCCACACAACCGACCUCCAACCAACACACUCCAUGCUGGAAAAAAGGCCGAAGAAGCACCCCAAGAUGUCAAGCAACAACACACUAUCUGAAGAAGCACUCCAAAGAACGGUCUCGGAUCACUGCCCGUUAAUGAUGGAAACAAUCACUGUUGAUUGGGGGCCGAAGCCAUUUAGAUUCAUAAAUGCCUGGACAAGCCACCCAGAUUUUGAAAAGGUGGUCAAAGAUUCGUGGCAAAGACCCGGCAUCUCGGGAUGGAGUUGCUAUAUUUUCAAAGAAAAAAUGAAGCGACUGAAGGUCGAUCUAAAGGCCUGGAACAAAUCGUGCUUUGGUUCGAUCGAUGAAAGCAUUGAAAAACUUAAAGAUGAACUCAAGGAAUGGGAUACAAAAGAUGACAACGUGGGUCUGGACGAAGAAGAAGUUCUUAAGAGAAACGAGACUUCGGCAUCACUGAUUUUACAGAUGAAAAAUCGUGAUAGUCUUCUUGCCCAAAAGGCUAAAAUUCGGUGGCUUCAGGAUGGGGAUAUCAACAGUGGUUAUUAUCAUAAAGUUAUCAAUGGCAGACGAGCUAAGAACGAUCUUCCUGGGCUUCAGAUUAAGGGCCGCUGGAUCGACGAUCCGGCUGAGGUUAAAAAAGAGAUCCGAGAUCAUUUUGAAGCUCAAUUUAGACAAAUAAGUGGACUCCAACCUGUCAUCCCAGCUGAUUUUGCCCAAAACAAAAUCACAGCCGACAUGAGUCAACAACUUGACGCUCAGUUCACCGAGGAAGAGAAAGAUGCAGCUUCGGUUUUGAAGGAUUACAGGCCAAUUUCGCUUAUCAAUUGCCUCUACAAAGUGAUCGCGAAAGUCCUCGCUGCCAGAAUGAAACAGGUAAUGAGUUCUAUCAUUGCCGAUUGCCAAAGUGCUUUUAUCAAGGGGAGAUACAUUUUGGAUGGGGUGAUUGUAUUGAACGAAAUUCUUGAGGAUGCCAAAAAAAGGAAGAAAGGGGUGUCUCUUUUUAAAGUAGACUUUGCUAAAGCGUUUGAUACCGUUGACUGGCAUUUUCUGGACGUAAUGCUUGAGAGAAUGAAUUUUAGUCAAAGAUGGAGAAGAUGGAUCUCGGGGUGUCUCAGGUCUGCCACGACUAAUGUGUUGGUUAACGGGAGCCCUUCGGGUGAAUUCUGA